AUGGAAAAAUUAAAAAAGAAAAGCUGGAAAUGCCAAACUUGCAAAGCAAGGCUACCAAUAGCGAGUGAAAACUCCGACACUCCCUGUUCAUCUAACGUGACAAAAAGAAGCACUAGGCAUAAGGCACUUCCAGUAACGCCAUUGCAUAAGUCUGAAGAAGAAGAAUCAAAUAGUUCUGAUGAUGACCUACAUAGACUGCCAAAUAUUAGUACUUAUCAAAAUGACAGAGAGGAAGAGUUGUUAAAAGAAAUCGCCCAUUUGAAAUUAGAAUUAGAAAAAGCUCACAAUGAAAUAGAAAAUCUGAACAUGGAAAAUACAAAAUUAGAAAAGCAAAUUUUAGAAAAGGAAACGCUGACUGUAAAAUGGAAGAAACUGGUUACUGAAGCCAUGAGCACACCCAAAAAAUACACAUCUCUCACAAAACGAAAUACCAAGGAAAAGAAAAAAGAUAAGUAA